UGUUGGAGGAGACUUCCAAGUCAACUAAAAUAGCAGGGUCGUGUGUCUGGGUCAAGCUAAAGGCUAAGCUGGGAGCACAUGUUAUUGCAAGUUACUCACUUUGUUUGGAUCUCUGCUUGGUGUUCUUUGUGAAAGUAUUGAGUGUCAGCGUCACAACUCACAAAGAAAUCAUAAUGGUGGCCUUCCUGUUGAGUGCAUUCGUUCAAGCACUCUUGCAAGUCUUGCUGGACAGGUUGGCUUCUCGUCAAAUUCUGAAACUGUUUCGUCAGAAAAUUUCAGCAGCAAAUGAAGCACAAGCAGCAGCCGAGAAGCUGAAAUUCCAACUGCUAUCGGUGAAUACAGUACUUGAUGAUGCAGAGGAGAAGCAGAUCGUCAAUCCAUAUGUCAAGAUAUGGCUUGAUGAGCUUCGAGAAGUUAUCUACAAGGCGCAGGACGUUCUAGACCAAAUUGCUCUUGAAGUUGACCGAUCAUACAAGGCCAUGGACAGGGUAAGAGAAUUCUUGCAUAUUACCAAUAAGUUGACUUCUAGUCUUGUUGAGAUAAACAGUAGAAUACAAAUUUUAAGGGAUCAAAAAGAUUGCUUAGGCCUCAAAGAACAACUAGAAAAGCGAUCUAGCCUGUAUUCAAGUGGUACUGAUCUAUUGUAUGUACCGACAACCCGUAUAGUAGAUGAGUCCAAGGUAUUUGGCAGAGAUAAUGACAAAAAGCAAAUCAUUCAAAAAAUGAAAGAUGCGAUGGAGCAGAAAGUGGAACCUGUAUGUGUUGUUGCAAUUGUUGGGAUGGCAGGGGUCGGAAAGACCACUUUGUCUCAGCUCUUGUUCAACGAUGGUGGGGUGGUGCAGAUGUUCGACACGCUGUCUUGGGUUCAAGUUUCGGGGGAAUCCGAUGUGGUCCACUUAACCAAGAAGGUUUGCGGGUCAGUAAGUGAGAGCUUGGACGCGCUUCAAGUCCAGCUAAAUGAGAAGCUGAAAACACAGAGGAUGUUGCUUGUUUUAGAUGAUUUUUGGUCCUUGAACUCUUUUGAUUGGGACCUUUUCAAAAUGGUAUUUGCCAAUGCAAUGCCUGGAAGUGUUAUUCUUGCCACCAUGCGCAAUAAAAAUGUUGCAGAUACCAUGCAUGCUGCUGUCACUUAUCCACUUUCCCCACUAUAUAAGAAUUGCUGGGACAUCUUUGCCUACUAUGCUUUUGGAAACAGAAGCCCUGAACCUGAUACAUCUGAUCCAGCUUUGGUGGAGAUUGGCAAAAGAAUAGCAACAAAAUGCAAAGGUCUUCCUUUAGCAGCAAAAGUUCUGGGGAGUCUUUUACGUUCAGUGACUGAUGUUGGAGAAUGGAACAACAUACUGCAAAGUAAAAUGUGGGAUCUGCCAGCUAACAAGAGCAACAUAUUACCUGCAUUGAGAUUGAGCUAUCAGCUUCUCCCUUCGUAUUUGAAGGCCUGCUUUGCUUAUUGUUCUCUGUUUCCAAAGGGAUAUGAUAUUGAUAAGCAGAACCUAAUCCAUUUAUGGAUGGCUGAGGGUUUUCUGCAACCAUCAAAGACUAAAACGAUGCACAGAGUUGGUGAGGAAUACUUGCAGGAACUGUUGUCAAGGUCACUACUACAACGAUCAACCAAGAGUGAGUCAUGUGUUGCAAUGCAUGACCUCAUAAGUGACUUAGCACAAUACGUGGGGGGCGAGUUUUUCCACUCCAUUGAGGAAGGUAACUUUCAGAUGAUCCCAGAGAAAGUUCGUCACCUGUCAUUCUCAAAAGGUCUGCCUGAUAAACCUCCAAAUUAUUUUUCACAGUUAAGAACCUUUCUAUCAUUUAGAGAGGCAAACUCUAGUGCAUCUGGUGCAUUAACUAAUCAAUUUUUUUAUGGAUUGAUACCAACAUUUGAGCGUGUUCGUGUUCUUUCUUUGCCUGAUUAUCCAAUUUCUACGUUGCAUAGUAUUGGGCACAUGAAACAUUUGCGGUAUCUGAAUCUUUCUGGCACAAUGAUUGAAGAAUUACCAGAAUUCGCAAGUUCCUUGUAUCAUCUACAAAUCCUGCUGCUAUCAAACUGUGUUUAUCUCAAAAGUUUGCCCAAAGAUAUGGAGAAUUUGACUGAUUUACUCCAGCUUGAUGUUACCGGUGCUCCCUUAAAAGAAAUGCCACCAAAUUUUGGUAGAUUGAAGCUUCUUCGGCAUCUUACUACCUUUGUUGUGAGCGAAAGCGCAAGAUCAAGCAUUACUGAGUUGGGAGCUCUAUCUCAACUUCAUGGUUCACUUUCAAUUGUGAAUCUACAGUAUGUCAAUGAUGGCAAGGAUGCACUAGGGGCCAACUUGAUUGAGAAGACAUUUCUUGACGAGCUGGUGUUAAAAUGGACCAAGACUAUCCAUGAUGUAGAAAAUGAAGCAAUCACUCUUUACAACCUGAAGCCAUGCACAAAUCUGAAGAAGCUUGAGAUAGAAAACUAUGGUGGUAACACAUUCCCAGAUUGGUUAGGCAACCCUUCAUUCUCUAACUUGGUGUCUGUAAAACUCAUUCAUUGCAGCUUCUGCUUGAGUUUGCCACCACUUGGGCAAUUAUCCUCCAUGAAGACACUCCUGAUAGAAAAAAUGACAUGGCUAGAAACCGUGGAUUUUGAAUUCUAUGGAAAUAGAAAUUCACCCUUCAGGUCCCUUGAAACUUUGACGUUUAAGAACAUGCCUAGUUGGAAGAAGUGGCUGCCAUCAGAUGAUGUUCAAGAGCACUUCCCUUCUCUUAAAGAGCUUCACAUUUUGAGUUGUCCUAAAUUUGCUGGGAACUUACCCCAACAUUUGGGUUCUUUGGAAAAACUAGUCAUUGUUGACUGUAGCAUUGUUACCGACUCACUUCCAAGGGUUCCAUUGUUGAAAGAACUGGAGCUAACUAAUUGUAAUUCAUUGGUUUCCCUGCCUGAAGAAAUGAUGUGGGGGAACCAACAAAUGACCAAGGUGACUAUAUGCAAUUGUCAGUUGCUUCAAUCUCUGCGUACUCUGCUUUGCACUUGAAAGACAGUUGUCACACGCUGCAAGUGUUUCUCUUAUCUUCUUUUGGGGCCCUUCAGGAUCUCCAUAUACAAGGCUGUCCUAAUCUUCAAUCUCUUGAGAUAUCAAGCGAUUCUACUGAGAAUUUGUCGCACCUUAAGAAGGUGCAGCUAAAGGACUGCCCCAAGCUAGUGUCUUUCCCGAGUGGAGGGUUUCCUACUAAUCUUCAAGAGUUAUCAAUUUGCAACUGUGACGAAUUGUUGCCCGAAGCAGGGUCUAGUCUUCGUCAAAUGACAUCGCUUGCGUACUUGGAGAUUAAGGGGAAGUUGAUUGGUUUAGAUUCAUUUCCAGAUGGAGGACUGCUUCCAUCUUGCUUAACUGAUCUUCAUAUCAUAGGAUUUGAAGAUCUCAAGUCUCUGAGUCAUGCUGGUCUUCAACACCUUGUCUCUCUCAAAAGUCUGAUGAUUGAAAGUUGCAAGAAGCUAGACUCUCUACCUGCGGAGGGGCUUCCAGCUUCCUUAUCAAAACUUGAUAUUGUGGAUUGUCCAUUGCUUGCUCCUCUCUGUCAGCCUACAGGAAGCUAUUGGUCCCUCAUUUCCCAUAUCCGCGACAGAAACAUUGUGCGAAGAAAUGAUAUCUAGAAGAAUGAAUAACUGGAGUGUUCCUUUGAUAAGUUGCCAUUUCUGCUUGUGUAUGAAUCUCCUUGUGCUUUGGAUCACAAUAAGUGCAAUGUUCUGUUAAUAUUUUUGGAAUGCAUCAAGAUGGCCUGCUUUCUGUGCUUUGUGCCUGAGGUCGAUACCCUGGUCUACCUUUGACACUUCCCAGAAAAGGUUUAUGGUGGAGAAGCUAGGGUAAUUAACCUGAGCACUUUUCCAACUCUAGCUGGGAUAUAUUGCUUAUAUGAAUCUGGGGAGUACUAACCACAUCUGGCACUGUCGCGUUUUCAGAACAAAAUCCUGUGUUUGGUCGGAAUUUUCAGGGUACAAUUCUUGUUCUGCAUAAGCAAUUCAGAGAUGAGAGAUGGCCAAAAUAAGACUUCAAAAAGGCAAAUAAAUUAAGCCUGUUCUUUUUUCUAUUUUUUUUUUUGGACUGGAAACUAAGCCUAUGGUUGAAACAAUAUAUUUAUACAUAUGUCAGCAUAUGUAGAGGAAUUCGCAGUCGUAUUUAUCUAUAGCUUCGUUA